CUGUGAUUUAUAUUUCUUGAAGGAAAUUUAGGAGAGGGAGAGAGAUGGCGAUGAUGCGGUGGUGCGGGGCAGUAGCGAGAAGGGUGAUGCUGACGGAGCGACCGGCGGCUUUUUCUACCUCGCCGUCGGCGGAGGCGGCGUUGCCGAUCCUGUGCGGACGAGGGGACAAGAGGUCGAAGAAAGGGAAGAGAUUCAAAGGAUCUUACGGCAACAAGAGGCCACAGAGGGAUAAGAAGAUCGAGCGCAUCAAGGACAGGGUCGAGGUCCCCAGGUCCACCCCUUGGCCCCUCCCUUUCAAACUCAUCUGAUUUAUCUCUUUAUAUAUAUAUAUAUAUAUAUAUCUUUUGUACUCAUUAUUGCUAGUUCAGGACCGUUAGGGUUUCUCUUUGUAAUUUGUGAUAGUUAAUCUUGAAUGAAUUCUCUAUUUGUUAUGGUUAUUUGUGCUAAUGUUACCAUUUUAUUUGUAUUUCUGUGA